AGUGAUUCAGUCGGAAACCGGAAGUUCGUCACUAGCUGGCGAUCGCUGCCAUUUUGACGGGGAGAGUGAAGAGCUGAGAAACUGCGUGUCUGUUGUUUAGCGAUUUACACAUAAAAACAUUUCACCAUGGCUAUGCAAGCAGCGAAACGCGCUAAUAUACGAUUACCUCCUGAGGUGAACAGAAUCCUGUAUGUCAGGAACCUUCCUUACAAGAUCACAGCUGAGGAAAUGUAUGAUAUCUUUGGGAAGUAUGGACCAAUACGUCAGAUCAGAACAGGGAACACACCUGAAUCGAGAGGAACAGCAUAUGUGGUUUAUGAAGACAUCUUUGAUGCCAAGAAUGCAUGUGACCAUCUGUCAGGCUUCAAUGUCUGCAACCGUUACCUUGUGGUUCUUUACUACAAUGCAAACAGAGCUUUCCAAAAAAUGGACACAAAGAAGAAAGAAGAACAGCUGAAGCUUCUGAAAGAGAAAUAUGGCAUCAACACAGACCCUCCAAAGUAGCGUGCUGGAAACUCCAUCCAGCACAGCCCCCGUUUUCACCUUCAUUUCAGAAGUUUUCUUUUUCUAUCUACAUCAAAUCCCUUGUUCAUGUGGUUUAUGCUGGUAAUGAUUUACUCAUACAGACAUACAAAAUAAUUUUUUUUAAGCUUUAGUUGAAAUGAUGGGUUACAUUUUUGUUUUGUUUCAUUAUUUCCAUCAUCAAAUACACCCGUCUGUUUGAUUUUCAGAAUAAGGGUUCAACGUUUUUGUUGGCGCUCCUCUCAAAGUGAACUUGUCUGCAAGAAAUAUGUCUUUCCUUGUGAUUGUAUUCACCCUGUAACAUGUUUAAAUCUGCUAGAGCAGAUUAUUUUUCAGUAUUUUGUCACUCCUUUCAUAAUUCUCCAAUAUUUUAAUUUAAAGCUAGCCAUGGUCAUGUAUAUGGUUCUUCUAAAAUAAAUGUUCCUUUUCUAAAAGCUCCUGUCUCCUCCCUUUUUAUGUACUGUAGAUGUAAUGAAGUGGAAGUGCUGUGCUUUGUACGAACCCAUUCAGAUCAACAGACUCUAUGCACUUUCCACAUUUGCACAGGGUUUAGGGGGUUGCCAGAUUCUUGGUUUGCCUGAAGCUUCAAACAGCUUGUGCUGAUGAAAUCCCUGGGGUUUUAGUUUGGAGUUUACUAUAUACGUGUGUGAGGACACAAGCCCCCAACUGAACCCUGUGUAAUCAGUGGUGAUAUGCCAAAGAGUCAUGGGUAAAUAUUACAGGCUUUCUCAGUCAUUUCCAGUGUUCCUUAUGUAUAGAUUAAAAAAUUAAAUUAAAUUCCAUACUCACAAUGUAAA